AUGUCAAUUUUACAAUAUUAUUCUAAAACUUCUAAUGAAAGUUUAGAAAGCAGUUCAGAUGAAGGUAAUUUUAAUAAUAACAUUGCUGAAUCUGCUGAACUUAUAAAUAAAAUCAAACCUUUAAUUCAAAAACCUAUAGUACAGCAUUAUCAACCUUCUAAAAAACUAAAAUUUAAUUGUAAAACUGAAGCAUAUGAAUAUACUUGUUGUCUGAUGAAAAUUAUCUUCUGGUUAGCUAAAAAUGAUAUACCAUUAAAUAAAUUUCCAAAUGUCAUUCAACUUGAACAAGCUUUAGAAUCUCAAAAAAUUAUUUCUACUUCUAAUUCAAUUACAUAUGAAAAUCCUAUAUCUGGUCGAGAAUUUUUAUCUGCUAUAGCUUUAUCAAUUGAAAAAAAAAUUUGGCAAGAAUUAAAAAAUACUAGUUUUAUUGGAAUAAUGAUAGAUAAAAGUACAGAUAUAGCAUGUGAAUCACAUAUGAUUAUACAUGUUAAAUAUUGUAUUCAAGGGGUAAUAAAAGUUAAAUAUCUUAAGCUUAUUCAGUUGCAAAGUAAAGAUGCAGAUUCAAUUUUUAAUGCUAUAAUUACACUUUUUGAUGAAAAAGAAAUAACAUCAAAAAUCACUUCAUUUACAUCUGAUGGAGCAAGUGUAAUGCUUAGAAAAAGGAAUGGAGUUGCUGCAAAAAUUGCUGAAAGGAAUUCAUAUUUAUUUACUACACACUGUAUUGCUCAUAGAUUGGCAUUAGCAUUUUUUCAAAUUCACGAAAUAAGAUGGUUAUCAUGGUACGAAGCAGUGAAAAAUUUAUGUUUAACCAUUGAACCUUUAAUGAAUACACUAUUAGAAAUGUCCAUUACUUCAAAUAGAAAUCAAAAAGAAAGCAUUAUUCAAUUAUAUACUCAAAUUUGUGAUUGGAAAUUUUUGGCGGUACUUUUCUUCUUAUAUGAUAUCUUAGGUUAUCUUAGCAAUUUAAGUAAAAUAUUUCAACAACGACAUAUUCAAAUUUCAAAUAUUGAUCUAGUAAUUGAAACAACGAUUAAUAGAAUUAAAUUGGAAUAUUUAGAUUUUGAUGAUAAUGGAAAACUAUUACUAGGAGAAAAUUUAAACAAAUUUUUAACUGAAAUACCAUCAGAAUCAAACAUUAGUAUUGGUACUCAUGAGCUAAUGUGGACAGAGAAUUAUGAAUCAGAUUUAAUUGCUAUAAUUUCAUCAUUUCUGAAGCAGUUAUUUUAG